UAAAAUAUUUAUGCUGUAAAUUAAUCAGACAGGAUAUAUGAAGUAAUUGUGAGGGUUGGAGAGGAGGGGUUUGUUUCAGUAUCAGUUCUAUCUCUGCAUUUCUGAGGUUGCGGUUAUGUAACUGGUGAAUACAGUAUAUAAGUCACAGAACGUAGAUCACACCUCAGAUCCUGAAGGCUUUACUGCUUCAUAGGACGCAGCAUCUUUAGCUCAUAAGUAUAAGGGAUGAUCAGUGGAAGACUGAGGGUGCCUUGGAAUUGCGCAUUUGCAAAUAACACCGUGAGCUAAUAAGAGUUUAGCUCACAAUUUUUUUUCUGUUUUUAUUACAUUAAUUUUCUAUUAGACAGUAUAAAUUGUACCUCCUUAUUUCUGUAAUCAGUCAAUGGCAGGCACCAAUGGAAGCACUGUAGAUGCUUUACUUAAUCAAAAUUUGAUCAAACUUGAGCUGGAUGGUGGAGGUAUAACGAAGGUGGCUGUAGUAAUACUAUUGACUCUGAUGUCUGUAUAUGUAAAUUGUGUCAUGCUCUAUUCUCUUAGCAGUAAGCAUGUAUUUAAAGAAUCCUCACGCUACAUCCUCUUUGCCCACAUGCUUUUAAAUGACUCUGUUCAUCUUCUUCUCACCACCCUGAUGUUUGUCCUUGGAGUGGCUUUUAUCAAACUGGCCAAAGCUGUCUGUUCCUUCCUUAUUUUUCUGGCUACUGCAACAUUUCGCAAUACACCUUUUAACCUGGCUGUGAUGUCUCUGGAGCGUUUUGUGGCUAUACGAUUUCCUUUAAGACAUGCUGAAAUAGCCACUCAGAAAAGGACUUGCUUUGCUAUUGGUUUGGUGUGGUUAUUUGGCUCUCUGAACAUUUUGAGUGACAUUGUUAUUGCAGCGGUGUUGGACCCCAACUACUACUACGUACAGAUGUUUUGCUCUCGUGAUCAGAUCUUCAUAAAACCGUGGCAGCUUGAUGUAUUUAACGGAUGCAAUGCAUUUUUCUUUGUAUCAGUGAUUUUGAUCAUUGUAUUCAUCUACAUCAGCAUUAUGAUCACAGCCAGGUCUGCGUCCUCCAACAAAGACUCUGCUAAGAAAGCCCGAAGGACUGUGCUGCUGCACUUCAUUCAGCUGGGCCUGUGCACAAUGUCUUUUCUAUAUGGCACUUUGGAAAGGGCACUUUAUAUAAUGGCUGGCAGUAAUAAUUCUCUUUUUGUAAACCUGCGAUAUGUAAGUUUCCUCUUUAUUCUGAUUCUGUCUCGUGCCCUGAGCCCUCUUAUCUAUGGGCUGAGAGACGAUGCUGUUAGACCUUUAUUCAAAUAUCAUUUCUGCCCCUGCCCUAGAAAAUUCAGCCCUGCUGUGAAUGUGCAGUAAACUUAAUAUUUGUAAUAUAUUUUUGUAAAUGUGUGAUCUUUUGCAAAUAUUGUCAACUAUACAUGUUUAUAAUUAUGAUAGUAUUCUUUUUAUUUUUGUUUUCUUUUGUUAUGAAGAUUUCAAACUGCAUUAAAUGUAGAGUUAAGUCAUUUUCUUUUCAUGAUUCUACAACAGAAUGCAAAUGCUGAAUGGAUUACAUGUUAUGUUUAUGAAUAUGAUGAAUAUAUCAUAAGUGU